AUGGUAUUGAGUGCGUUCUUAUCAAGCAGAGCCGAGCAGACUGGCGGAUCAAGCAGACUUAUUUCAGAACCUUGUCAAUCCCAAUGUCGUACUGCAGUGGCUUCCAGGGCGGCUAAUACAAUCAUAUGUUCUGUAUUUGAAGAUAAGAACAAAUUGGAAGUGAAAGUUGGUUUGGCAUUCAUAAACCUUGGAACUGGUGAGAUUAUAUUGAGUGAGAUCUUGGAUUCACAGACUUAUGUUCGUACCAUUCAUAAGCUUCAAGUAUUUGAUCCUAAUGAAGUCUUGGUUCCUGCUCAAUCUUUGAGACCUUCACCAAACAAGAUGGCGGUUAUUUUAGGGUCAAAUUUGGAUGAAUCAGUGAAGAUCAAUGGAGUUGAGAAGAAGCAUUAUAGCGAAUCGUACGGAUUAGAGAGUAUUGAAGAGAUGGCUUUUGAAAAAGAUGUGAACUAUUUGAAGGAAGUAUUGGAUGAAAAGAUAUAUGCAUUACGUGCUUUAGCUGGUGGUCUUAGGUAUUUGAAAUUAUCAUCUAAAUGGAAGAAUAUUGAGUUCCGUCAAUAUAGAUUUAGAUAUGAGGUUCCUGAAAGUACAAUGUUUAUUGAUUCUACAACUAUAAAGAGUCUUGAGUUAUUAGAGAAUUUAGAGGAUAAACAUGGAACAUCUUUGUACAAAUUUUUAAACUCAACUAAAACCAAAAUGGGUGAAAGAACAUUGAAAAACAAUAUAUUACAACCAUUAACUGAUAAAGGAAGUAUUGUGAUGAGAUCUGGCGCUGUUAAAGAGUUGAUGGAGAAAAAUGCGGUCCUAUUAGAUGUACGCUUAUUAUUGAAAGAUUUACAAGAUUUAGAUAAAUUAUUCGCAUUAUUACUUAUGAAAAAAGGUUCAGGUACAGAAGCAACUCAUCUUGUAAAUCAAGUGAUCUUGUUCAAGCAAGCUGCCGUCACUGCUCAGAAGAUAUCACAGUUACUUGAAGGAACUACAAGUCCAUUACUUCAACAAAUUCAAGAUAUAUGUGGUGACCCAGGGAUCACAGAAGUGAAAGAUAUUAUAGAUGAGUGUAUUAAUGAAGAUUGUAAUUGGGCAUCAGGACCAUUAGAUUUGAGAAAUCAAAGGAUGUACGCUGUUAAAGCUGGAAGAAAUGGUCUCAUUGAUAUAUCUAGACAAGCUUAUAAGGCAAGUGUUGAUCAGAUUUUACAAUAUAUUGAAGAAGUUAAUGAAGCCCAUGAAAACUUACAAAUUGAGCAAUCAUAUAACAGUAGAAGAGGGUUUUUCCUUAAAGUUCAACAAUUGGAUGAAUCUGAGUUACCAGAAGUUUUCAUUAAUACUAAAAGUAAAAAAACAUAUAAAGAAACAACAACUUUAGAACUUGUUAAGGCAAAUGCAAGAUUAGAUGAUAUUGCUGCUGAAAUUUUAAUGUUGAGUGAAAAUGUUCUUGAUGAUUUGACAAAUGAAAUUGUGAAUUAUUUACCAGUAUUAUUCAUGACAAGUGAAGCAUUAGCAAUUUUAGAUUUAUUACAAAGUUUUGCAGAAACAUCAUUACAAUGGGAUUAUAUUGUACCAGAAAUCACAGGAAUAUUAACUAUAAGAUCAGCUAAACAUCCAAUACUUCAGAAAAUGAUUCCAAAUUUUAUUCCUAAUGCUAUUUGUUCAGUUCAAGAAACUUCAAGGUUUCAAGUCAUUACAGGGACAAAUAUGAGUGGUAAAUCUGUAUAUAUGAAACAAGUUUCUAUAUUGGUGAUUAUGGCUCAAAUGGGGUGUUUAGUACCAGCUGAAUAUGCAUCAUUUCCAUUAUAUAAUAAUUUAAGAGCUCGUUUAUGUGUUGAUAAUUUUGCAACAACUUCAUCAAGUUUCACUACAGAAAUGAAUGAAAUUUUAUGUGUUAUUGAAGAUGCAGAUGAAAAAAGUCUUAUUAUUAUUGAUGAAUUAGGUAGAGGAUCAAGUUUAAAUGAUGGUUUCACAAUUUCAUUAGCAAUUUGUGAACAUUUAUUAAAUACAAAUGCAACAAUUUUCCUUUCAACACAUUUUCAUAAACUUUCUAAGAUUAUGGGCACAAAGCAAGGUGUUUUACAAAAUCAUAUGAGUUCAAGUGCAUCACAAAAUGGUACAUUGAAGAUGAAUUAUCGUAUCACAUCAGGUAUUAUAGAUAUUAGAAGGUAUGGAGUUAAGAUCGCUACUAAAUUUUUUGAUCAAGAUGUGAUUAAUAGAGCUUAUGAGAUAUCUAAGAAAUUAGAAGAAUUGUCUGCAGAUGUAAAUUCAAUUGAUGAAGUACAAUUAGCUAAAGAACGCAAAAUUUUGAACCUCGUAAAGAUCUUGCAGUAUGCAGUUGAACAUGAUGAGGUUAGCAGACCGGUGCUUCUCCUGAUCCAAGAUGAGUUUCUAGCAGAGUAA